AUGACUACAGAUCUAGAUCACUCCGUCUCUUCCGCCAUCUCGGCGCCUUCUCCACAGUUCCACUCGCGGGACACGCGCCUCAUCCGUGAAUCGCGUCUGGCUCCCUCACUACUCUUGUCCUCUCCGCCAUCAGGAGACUCGAGUCCGUCGACCGUUGGUUCCCCCGGUCAACGAACCUCUCCGCGGAGCAUCACCCUCGAACCCCCGCCUCUCCCAUUCCUAUCCUCAUAUCGCGGAACCGAAGAAUCUGGGCCCUCUUCGCCGGUCAAUCGCAAGGCGGAAAGCAGCAUCUACUACACCACCGCGUGGGGAUCCCCAUAUGCAGCACCUAGCACUCGGAGAUUGUCAGUGACCAAUAGCCAAGCUGAAUUCGCUGGGGUCGACCACGAAUCUGGUCCCAGCUCACCUGUCUCGUCAGUAGCCAACCACACCGAGUUGCGGAAAUCGAGUGCCGCCAACGACAACAUACUUGAACCCGUUGACUGCGAUACCCCCGCCAAUAACGGAGAUAAAUCGAUACGGGACUUCACGCAGGAUUGGAUCAACCAGUACCUUACUGGUCAACCUAGAACGGAGCGCAGCAAUUGGCUCAGCGACGACUCAGGAAGUGAAGCGCCCUCGUUCAUCACUGCGAGGAACCACUUUGCCGACGACGCUUCGGACGACUGGCUUGGUCUGGAAGACGACUUUCGUUCCGACGAUCUAUUGAAAACUCCAACGCUCUCUGAUUUCGUCGGGAAAAAAGCUGCCGCGCGUGCAAAAGUCAACAAAACUUUGCACAAACGCGCUGAUACCUUGCGGCAGGAGGACUUUUGGGGUUUCGCUUACGAUAAAGAUCCACCACAAAACAACAUGUCAGACCCAAACACACCGACCGUCGAGGUAAACUCGCCGGUAGAAAAGCCGUUACCUCCUCCGCCCGUGAACGCGACGGAGGACAUUGCAAAGACGGAAGACCCACUUAACCCGGGCCCAUUAAAAACACAGGUCUCUGAUAUCAACAGAUCAGCCACCCAAACACCACGGCGGAGAAAGAAGCUGAAUUGGCGUGGGAAAGCCUGCAUAAUCGAGCUGCCACAUGAUGAUAAACGAGGUUCGGAACCUGGGUAUCGUCUCCUAACGCCGGCCGAUGUUCAACAGCGAAUGCAAGAAUGGGAGAACGAAGGGUACGAUGUUCGUGGAUUCACCAUUGGCGAUUCCGAGGACCCCUCCACCACGACGACUCUAGGAGGUCUCAGUCGACCCCUAUAUCCAGACCCAUAUGACCUCCAUGAAAUUUCCAAGAGUCAACCGCUUGUCGUCAACUUCCCAGACAGGGCCAAGUGGGAAUCUUACAUCACCGAGCUCCAGGAAGAGAAGCUACGCGCCCUGGGAGUGUCAUUCGGCGACGAUGAGCCUGAACAAUCCAUUUCACCCGAUUACUCGCUCAACCCCAGUGGCACUCCUUUCCCAGGCCUCGUUGCAUCUCCACCGAUUCCUACUGCGUCUGCAGCAAGCAAUCCCCUCGGCCAUAUCCACCCAUUCUCGCCUCACUUCAAUCAAUCAUCAAUGCCUACGCCUGGUGCUAUGGGAACCAUGGCAUCACCUUCGCCAUUCGGUAUGCAGACGCCAUUUAUGGGUGCGGAUCAAAAUAUGAUGGGCGGAUUCCCUUUCCAAUUCCAGCCCACGCCUCCAGCUCAGGGAUCUAUGACUCCCCAAGGCUUCGUAAACGCCCGGCAGGCAACUUCUUCGGCUGGCCCAGGGGCAAUGGGCAACUUUUCCUCCAUGCUAUCACCAGUGUCUCCGCUGCACGACCAAGGGUCUUUCCACCCAGGAUUCAACGAUAAGGGUGUGUUCGAUGAUCAAUUUGGCCAUGGUAUGCACCAGGAAGGCCUGCCAUACCAGGCUCCCCAGACCCCGGUCAAUGGACACCCAGAUCAUUUCCACGCAUCGAACGUCGAAAUUGCCCAGCCUACACCUCGAGGCCACGGUCAUAAUCUCAGCGAAACUCUGCAAAGAGGACUGGACCAGAUGACACACACCGAUUACCAUCUGGAAGACUCGAUUGGCCGACAAUUGGAGGAUGAUUACCGUGAUGCCAACCAUGCAGGUCUGAAUGCCAGCAUGCUGAAGUCGCGCUGGGGAUUGCCAGAAAAUGAACAUCACGCACAGAACGCUUCUCAUCACCCACCUCAUCCCUUCGCCCAGCACCAGCUCCCUCAUCAAUUCUACGGAGACCAAUAUCAACAACACACUGGUCAUGAUGCAUCUGACCUCGACACAAACCCCAGUGUUGCGGGUACGCCGCAGACUCGUCAAGGGCCGUGGCACGAGACCCAGCCUAGCGGCCACUCCUACCACGCUGGCCAUCAGUCGCAGCUCUCGAUUUCAUCACUCAACGUUGAAGCGAAGGAGUUCGACCCUACCGCAUCGUUCAGUUCCCAGCCUGUGCCGUUUGGCAACGACCCAUUCCAGUUCGGCGGCAGGGGCGAGCAAGGAUUCGGUUUUGCCCCGCCCACCUCGUUCGCGCCUGGUAGCAGUAUGAACGGCCUAAUGGAUUCUAAGCUGAACCACAAUGCCAGUGGCAGUGGCGGAUUCAAAUUCUCCGCCGCAUCGUUCAACGUCGACGCACCUGUUUUCAACCCCAACCCCUCUGUCAGCCUUAACUCAAAUGCCAGCUCUGAGCAGCCUCCGGCUAGUCGCACCAAGAUCUUCGGUGACAUUGACAUCGGCGAGAUCACCACGCCUGACAAGAAGUCCAAGGCUAUUCCUAUUGUACGACCCGAUGAGAUUGAACAGGAGAACAAUGAUAAAGAGCAGGUCAUUGAAGACGACACCAAUGGUCGACCUGUGCAGCCUACCGACCGUCACAAGCGUGCGCGUCGCGGUGUCGGCCAUGCUGACGGCGAGGCUAGAUACAGUAUCUCGACCCACCCUCUGGGCGAGGCGGGCAACGCUCAAGCUUCGAGCGCGCUCCAUGCCGUCGCCGAGGGCAAGGAGAAUGCCAUGCCUAAAGAGAACAAUCCAGUAGAGCGGACGGAUACCCCUGUCAGCGAAGCUGAUACUUGGACUUUGUUCGAUGCGAAGCGGGAGGCUGAGAAUGGUUCUCAACCCGGAUCACCGGUCCGGGCGGAGACUUCUAAGGAGAUUGUUGUCGAAGAACGUGAACCAAGGGAGCCUGCUGCAGGAGAUGAUACAUCUGUCACCGUCUCGAAGGGCGUCGACCAUGCUCCUCAUGGAUCCAAGAGCUCCGUCAAGAGCACUGUGCUGUCGCCCAAUGCCCAGUCUUUCGAGUUCAAGCCUGCUGUUUCUGAAUUUGUUCCCUUAGCUGUUCAGCCAUCUAGCUUUGCUGAGCCAAAGCCUCUUGCAGCAAAUGUUAUUGAGAAGCAGCCCAUCGGAACCCCUGUUAAGAGUCCCGCUGAAAAUAAGCCCAAGCAAGCCGGACUCAUGGCUUCUCGCUUCGCUGCUACAAGCCCACCUAAGAAGGCAACCUCGCCAGAUCACCCUGCUGAGCCCGAGGCCAAGACUCCAACCCGCGUGGAAACAGAAUUCAUCACUCGCCGACCUGAGCAUUACGACAGCCCAUGGGACUCCGAGGACGACUCGCCUGACGAUGCGGAGCUGAAUGCAAUUAUGGAACAGCUAAACGACGACGACGCAGAUGUCGGCAUCGAACGACAAGCGACUCCUUUCAACACAAUUCACGCGACUCCCUUCCAACCGCGACACGACCACCUCACGGAGUCGAUGGGCGGUCCCACCAAGGAACAGCGGUUUGGUUCUGCGGAGGCCCGAAGCGAAGCCCCCAGCCCGAGCCCCGGUGGAGUCCCCAAGACCUACAAGCUCAGCAUUCGCAAACUUGGCUCGGACAUCGAUGCCAACAGCAAUGCUAACUUCUCUCCCCAGAAGAGCCUUAUCUCUCGUCUGCAGUCCCCUGUUCGCCAGCUUGUUACUGAGAAUGACCAUGUCAGCGACUGGGAUGACAUGAUCUCCGCCGGCGAAGACGAGAAGUUCAUGAACCGUAACCGCUUCUUCGACCGUCGCAUCAAUGAUCUUGUUGGCUCUGCGAUCGACGAUCGCCUGGGCCCUAUGGAACGUGCCUUGGCUGUCAUUCAGCAGUCGGUGGCUUCUAUUGCCACUGGCACUGCAAGCAGAAGGGUCUUCCGCAGCACAUCCGCCGAGAUGGAAGACAGUGAUGCCGAUGAUGAGGACGACGACGGCGAGGAAACUUCAGUUCGCGAUCGCUCGCCCCACAACAUGAGGGAACGUAAGCUGGAGAUGCUCAAGAAUGUCGUCAUGGAAGCUUUGGUUACCCAUGACAUUCCUCAACGCGUUUCCCCGCACUCCAGCCACAGCGAGAUGUCACAGCUCAAGGAAAGCAUUGCUGAACUGCAGGCUCUCACGAUCAAGAAGCUCGCUCAGGACCCUGUUGGUGAUAUGCGUGAGAUUAUCGAGGAAGCCAUGGCCAAGCAAUUAGCUCAGCAGGUCGCCUUGCAGAAACCCCCGAGCCCGCGCCUGUCCGAGGCCGAGGAGAUUGGUGCCGACAGCCUUAUGCUCCAGAUCGACGGCCUUAAGGGCAUGUUGCGAGUUGCCGAUGAGCGUGCCGAGCAGGAGUACAAGGAUCGCCGCGAUGCACAGGAUGCUAUGACUGAGCUCCAGCGACUGUUGAAGUUCGCCGAGGAAGAUGCUGCUCGUCACAGUGCUGCUGCAGAGGAUGCUGAAUCUCGUCUCCUCCAGUUCAAGGAAGAGAAGAUUCCAUACUUCGAGAAGAUGCAGUUCCGCACCGAGUCUCUUUCGGAAGAGAGCGAGACUCUCAAGGUUACUAUUGCCGAGUUGUCCACGAAGAACAUCGCGCUUGAAGGUACCCUCGACGAGUACCGUCUUUCUAGCGAUAGCUUCCGCCGUCAACUGGAAACCACCAAGGGUGAGAACAAGUCUCUUCAUGAGACUGUUGAUCACCUGAGAACUCGUAUCGAGGAUAGCAUGAUCUCGCGCCAGAACCUCACUGAAAAGUUCGAUCGUCUUCAAGAUGACAUGCUCAAUGUCACUGCUCAAAUUACUCGUGAUCAAGCUGCCUGGCGCAGGAAGGAGGAAGAGCACUCUGCUAGGUACAAUGAGCUGCGCGCCUCGCACUCUCGCGAGCUCCAAUUGCGCGAGAAACUCGAGGAGGAUGUCCGCGAAUUUGAAAAGAACGAGCGGGAGACCACGAAGCUGAGGUUCAUCCAUGAGCAGUCUCAGCAAGAGAAUUCCAGACUGGAGGAACUGGUCACCAGUCUCCGGGCGGAGAACCAUGAGCUGGAAAUCAAGGCUGCCCGGUUCGAGCGGGAGUUCAUCGAAGCCCGCGAGAGCAGCCGUGUCGAGAUCCAGCGCACUCGCUCCUCUAUGGAGGCAGACCUUGAAGCUUCUAACAGCCAGGUUAACAUUGUGCGUGCCGAGCUGGAGGCCCAGAUCAUUCGUCUGCAGACUGAACUUGACAACACCCGCAUGUAUACCGACACCUCUCGCGAGCGCUACGAGCUUCUCCUCGAGGAAGCCAGGGACUCAAAGGCCACCGCCCUGGCUGCUAAGGACCUUGCCAUCGAUGAGAACCGCAAGAUUCAUGAGCGCGUUCUCAACGACCUGCGUGAACGUCACGCUCGCGCAUUGCAUAACUCUUCAGAGGAUCGUGCACGCGGCGAGAGUCAUAACAUGGAGCGCAUGGCUUUGUCGGAGGACAAGGCUAGCCACCUGCAAGAGCGCGUGAACCUCCUCGAAGAGAAGCUUGAGAUCGCUCAGGCUGCUGCCCGUGCUGCUGCUGAGGCAGCCCACAGCGCCAAGGCCAGCCCCAGCCCAGUCCCCGCUGCCGAACCCUCGCACUCGCGGGCGACUCCGUCCAUGUCCUACAACAAGGGAUCCGCAGAGCCUGAACGGAUAUCUCCUCAAGCCCUGCGCGAGUCGAUCUUUGUCCUCCAGGACCAGCUCCAGCAGCGCGAGACACGCAUCGAGGAGCUCGAACAAGAAGUCUCCACGAUAGAUAAAGACGCGCCAAAUAAGAUCAAGGAGAAGGACACCGAGAUCACUUGGCUGCGUGAGCUCCUAGGCGUCCGCAUCGACGACCUGCAAGAUAUAAUCCAGACUGUGUCGAAGCCCUCAUUCAAUCAGCAAGCUGUCCGCGACGCAGCCAUCCGUCUUAAAGCCAACCUCCAAAUGCAGCAGCAAGAAAAAGAACGCCUAACAUCCGGCAACCUCCCCUCCCUCGCCGACCUUGCCGCCUCACCCCGCUCCCUCCCCCUAGCCGCAGCCGCCGCCUGGGGAAAUUGGCGCAAAGGCCGCGAAUCCGCCGCCAACACCUCCGACCAGACCCCGUCAAAGCCCAGCAAUGCGAGCGCCUUCCUUUCAGGCCUGCUAACACCCCCGAGCUCCCACGUCCGUGAGAACGGUACUGGCUCGCAGACUAGUGCUGCCGCACGGUUUGCGCAAACUCGCCCCUUGAGAGGCUUUAACUCAGCCCCAAGACGCGGCUCGGUUCGCAGCCAGGCGCCUGUCACGGAACCGCCCCAAACACCGCCUCUUCUCCGUCGCUCGAGUUACGACCAUGAUGCCGAGCCGGCGAACUACGAGGAUGGAAGCUUCGCAGAUGAGAACGAGAGUACCGUUGAUGGGAUGGUUUCGGCUUCGCCGAAGGAGAGGGAUGAUGAGGGUCCGUUCGGGCCUCAGAUUGACGAGGCUGAAGCCGAAGAAAGCGAUAUUCAAGCCGACGCUGACGUUGACGUCUCCUCUUCUGACGAGCCCUCUGAGGAAGAGUAA